UAGGUCAGUAACAGUCCAAAUUAGUGAUGUAACCAAACUGGCUGAGAAUCUUCUAACUGCUGUAAACUUUUACCACCCCCUGGUGGAAUUAGUGUAUAGUUACCCAGAAACUAAUUUGUACAACUGUCCAUACUCUUCUAGUGCAGUAUUAUCUUUAAUAACGAGCAAUGAAAAUGAAAGGAGUACUUUAUAAAGCUCUCUCUCUCUCUCUUUUUUUUUUGUGCCACUUUGUGCCAUGGCCUUGUCUUCCACAGACUAUCCUCCUGCCAUGGCCCAUGCAGGCCCAGAGGUACACUGGAGGUGGUUGGAGCUCCAUGACUCUGUGUCUAUAGGGUCUGUGGAGAGGAAGGUCCGGACGGCUGCAGGGACCAGACAGUGGAGGAUCCAUCGUCGACCCAAACCCAGACACUCUCUCCUGGAUGAGCGCAGACUGCAUUAUGCUGCUUGGGAGGGAUGUCUGGACCAAGUCAAGACCAUGCUGGAAUGUGGCGUGCCUGUUAACUGCCAGGACCCGUAUGGUUGGACAGCUGUCCACCACGCCUCUUUUAAGGGUCAUCUCAUGCUGAUCAAGUUCCUGUUGCAAACCGGCCAGGUGGAGGUAAAUAGCCAGGACUUCUUCAACUGCACUCCCCUGCACCGCUGCUGCAGUGGAGGAAACCCAGAGACCACAGACUUUCUCCUCCAGAAGGGGGCGUCACAUUCAGCGAGGUCCUGCUCCGGCCAGACGCCCCUUCACCUGGCUGCAGCCAGCGGGCACCUGGGCACAGCUCGGGUUCUGCUGCAGCACUUGGCCUCACCGAACCCCCAGGACUUUCAUAAGUGGACACCCCUGCACUGGGCAAUUUUUGGAGGCUGGGGGGAUGUGGCGGAGCUGCUGCUAGAUAAUGGGGCAGACGUAGAGGGAGGAAAAGGUGUGGGCAUGAGCCCCCUACAGCUGGCAGUGUUGGUGGGGAAUGAGGUGGGGGUGAGGCUACUGCUCCACCGAGGUGCAGAUGCCAAUAUGAGGGGUCCUAACGGCCACACAGCCAUGCACCUUUGCGCCUGCUCUGGAGACAAGAAGAUCCUCCAGCUGCUGUUAACAGGAGGGGCCAAGGUUGAUGUCAGGGAUGGAGAUGUGGCGUCUCCGCUGCAUCUGGCUGCCCGCAGUGGCUCCAGGGCUGUGGUGCACUUGUUGAUUCUGAAUGGAGCAGGACUUGAGGACAGGGACAACCUCAAAAUGACACCACUGCACUACUCAACGCUCAGGGACAACGUUGAGGCUGCCAAACUGUUGCUGCACUAUGGGGCAGAUGUGGAUGCUGUGGAGAGGCUCGGACAGACACCUAUGCACUUGGCCUCUGAGAGGGGUCACUGCAAGGUUCUCAAGGUUCUGCUAGACAAAGGCGCUGAUCCCGCUAUGAGGAGCAGCUGGAGAGAGACAGCAGAGGAUGUUGCAAGGGCACACAAUCAGCUAGACAUAGUCCAGCUCCUUCAGCGACACCAGGCGGUCAGGAUGAGAGAUCAAGCUCAGGACAGUGUGGAGAGAGAGAAGAAAUAACAGUGAAUUAAAGCCUGUUAGGAUUAAAACUACAAUGAUGUCUCUAACUAUAAAGUAUUAUUAAUCAUUCUAAUUCCAACUGUAAUGACAUAGAGGGAUAAUAUCCAUGGAAUUACUUUCAAAAGGACUUUCUUUCCAGCUGAUGAACGAUUAAAACAUUGACAGCCAAACAAAAUCCACCUGACUAUAAAGGGCUUAAG